CGAGCGGCUCGACACAACAAUCCCGAACGUUGACUAAAUCGGUUGGGUCCACGCGCGUCGUUUACCGUUUGCCGUUUACCCGUUUUGCGUAUUUUUGACUCGUUGCGUCCCAUCUUCCGCGCUUUUUCGGGGCCCGUGGUAAAUAAAUGAAUUGUUUAAACAUUUAAACAGAGCAGGACAGAGAGACUCAAGAGCAGGAACAUCGUCGUCAUCAGCGUCCUCUGUUUCCUCCUUUUUGGCGGCGCUUUCGUGUUUUGUUUUUCUCUGCUGAGCCGCGUCUUUGCGUAGGUUAUUUUGCCUCUCUGCGUGCGUUCGUGUGUGUGCUGUGCCUGUGUAGGGCUGUAUGUGUGUUCUCUUUUUUUUCUAAACAAAUUCCAAGUGCAGUUUUUUUUUACGAGUGCAGUGUUUUUUCUCUCUUGAGGAGAAAAGGAAAAGGAGAGAUAGAGAAAUAGAAAUAACAAGUUGAAAGAAAGAUCCGAAAACCGGAUUCAAUAACAGAAGCAGCAUCACAAGAGAAGAGCAGAGCAGAGGAUCAGAAGCGAAAACAGCAGAGAAAAAAAAAACAAACACACGCACAAGGCAGCGACGCCGCCGCCAGCAGAAGUGCCCUGAUCCUCUCAGCGCCGCAGCUGGCAGCACUCUCUCUCUCUGUCUCUUUCGCCUUUUUUAAAAGCAGAACAACGAAGCAGCAGAACAGCAUCAACAUCAGAAGAUCGUUAGGUGUGCUUCUCGACGAACGAAUCGACCUCAUAUAAUCGACGGCAUUUUCGAAACAGCCACAGCGAAAUCCACAUCUACAACAGAGGGAACAGCAAGAUUCGUGUUUUACACAAACUAAUUGCAAGACUUAAAACAGAAGCUAGAACGUUGCUGCAGCUCUUCCAAUGUCCACAAUUUAAAUGCCACAGCAGCCGCCACGUCAGAAGCAGCAGCCAAAGAGCCAGCAAGAGCAGUCCUCAGCAGCCCGUGUCGUUGUCGUCCCUUCUGGUCACCGUGUGGCAUCAGCACCAUUUGCCAACGAGGUGGAGCGCAUUCGUCAGUGAAGCCUCACAGCAAAGUGCAAGAGCGAAUAUAUUGAGAAGAGUAGCAGAAAAAGCCAACCAGAAGCCAUGGCCCACUCCAAGGUGAUACUGAAGAUCCUGUUCUCGCUGUGCGUGUGGUCCUUUGUCAUCAUUGGCCUGUUCAAGAUGCACGGCACGAAUCUAGUGCCGCAGGAGUACCAGCAGGUGCCGCUCAGUGGCCGGAUAUUGCUGCAGAAGGACAUGCGGUAUGCGGAGACGACAUCCACCACAACAGACCACUUCGAUCCCAGCGAGAUACUGGUGGACAAUCGCACAGCCAUGGACGAUGAUCAGCUGGUGAGGGAUGUGGAGUCGCGGAUACCCUCGCUGCCGAUCGCCUACUGGAGCAAGAACAAGAACUUUCUGCAGCAAAAGUCGUCGACGUGCGCCAAGUACCCGUCGAUCUUUGAGCUGGAGUUCAACAACAUCUACUGGCAGACGCUGCGCACCACGAACGGGACGUUCCAGCUGUUUGGGGCAUACUACGACAUUCGGCGCACCUCGCUGCUGGGGCCCACGGUGCGGAUACUGGGCAUGAUCGAUCGCAUUGAGCCGAAGGUGAAGACCUACUGCCAGUUCUGGUUCGACGGCCAGAAGGAGCCGUUCAUCGUGAAGACGUUCGAGUACAAGUACAUUUGGUACAACAAGUGGGGCAACUACAAGCAGGGCAUCUACCAGCCGUAUCUGAUUGCCUGCCAGAUCCCCAAGCCCUUCCACGGCGUCGUGCCCAGCUCCGUGUCGAUGGUGGAGAAGGAGUGCGACACGGCCACGAACAAUCUGCGCGUGAUCUACAACCGGCCGCCCGAUGACCAGAAGAAGGGCUUUGCGGUGUGCGUCAAGGGUCUGGACUUUCUCUACGACGACCUGAGUGUGCGCCUCAUCGAAUGGAUCGAGAUGCUGAACAUACUCGGCGCCGACAAGAUCUACUUUUACAAUCUGCAGGUCCACCCGAACAUCACCAAGGUCCUCAGCCACUACGAGCAGGAGGGCAAGGUGCAGGUGAUUCCACUCACGCUGCCCGGCGGUCAGCCGAAUGUGCCCGGCUUCCAGCACCUGUAUCUCACGAAGAAGACGAACCACAAGCGCCAGAACGAGGUGAUACCCUACAACGAUUGCCUGUACAAGAACCUCUACCUGUACGACUACAUUGCCCUGCUGGACAUCGACGAGGUGAUCAUGCCCAAGGGCAACGCCGUCCUCUGGUCGGAGCUGAUGGAGAAGGUGCGCCCGGAGUCGCGCAAGAUCAAGCCGGACGGCUUCCACAGCUACAAUUUCCGCAACGUGUACUUCCUGGACGAUCAGCAGCACGAGCAUGGCUGGCACAAGGACAUCCCCAAGUAUAUGCACAUGCUGCAGCAUGUCCACCGCGCCAAGAACUACACAAAGCCCAAUCAGUACGUCAAGUGCUUCCACGAUCCGGAGCGCGUGCUCACCCUCCACAAUCAUUUCCCGCUGAGCUGCCUCGGCGGCGUCUGCAAGUCCUAUCCCGUGGAUACGCAGGACGCCCAGCUGCAGCAUUAUCGCGCCGAUUGUGUCAAGACGCUGAAGAAGAGCUGCGAGGAGUAUCGCGAGAAUUCGGUGGAGGACAAGACCAUCUGGAAGUACAAGGACGAGCUGAUUCGACGCACCAUUAAGGCACUCGAUACGCUGGGAUUCUUCCGCCGCAGCGGCCUGGGCUCUGGCUCGGGCAGCAGCAGCGGCCUUGGUGCCACCACACACUCGACGGAGCGGUGAUUCGGACUCCUCGGCGGCGGUGGCUAUGGCGGUGGCUGGUCCUGGCCCUGGAUGCCGCAGGCAACGCAGUACGUCGAGGCCGCCGGUGGCGACAGUAGUCUGGGCAACGAGGAGUUCUUUGUCUAAACUGUGAAGGGAUAAAGAGAAGAUACUCGUACUCGUAUCGAUCGCAUCUAUUCGGAUAUCGGACAUACAAAAUUCGAUGGCUAGAUGUUGAUUUUGCGUUCCUGAACCCGUCCUCUGGCUUCUGUGUGUUGUUUUUUUUUUUCGAGCUCGAUUUUGUCUGUAUUUCUGUAUUAUAGAAAGGGUCCUUUCCCACUCACAAACACACAUCACACUCCAUCUACAGAGCCCCCUCCAUUAUCCCUCAGACACAGAUCUAAGUUUAGUAUUAGUUAUAGAUACAAUAUACUCGUAAUGAAGCGAGCGAACGGAGCGAAACACUUUUGAAAUUGUGCCUUCAACACCCUGAAACCCCACAGUCCUGGAUCCAUGGAUCACGGGAUUCCCUUCCCCCAACUCUGGAGAUUUUACACAAAAGACACGUCACAAAGGACCCCCCUCCUGCCACACUUUACUCACAUGUUUUAAGGAUAUUUCACGAGUUCCACAGAAAGCAGAAGCAGCAGAAAAUGCAGAUGGAAAAGUUAAGAGAAAAGAAAUGGAAGAAAUUGAGGAAAACGAAAAAAACCUAAACUAAGUUCAAGACUGAUGAUGUUUAUUGAUAAUUAAAUGAAGAAUUUCAUGAAAAUUUGUUUUCACAUUCGGAUAGAAUCGAUAUUAUUGUUGUUGUAUAGGCAAUUAAAGGGCCACACACCUUAUAGGAAAAAGAGCGAAGGAAAGGAAGGUCCUACCCCUCCUGCUGCGCUCAAAGAAAAUAAAAGAAAGUCGUAUAUAUCACUAAAUGCUAAGCAAAAGAAAAACAAAAUACAAAACAAACACAAAAACGAAGAGAAAACGAUAAGGAAAAUCCAAGAACAAGAGUUUGAGUUGUAAAACUGUAAAUAGGAAAAUUGUUAGAGGG